UUCAGACGAGAACACCAGUUUUGAUGAGACCACUGGAUGUGCUCAAGCAUUUCGUGUCCUGAAACAAUUGUUUGAUAAUUGCUUUACUGAUGUGCGUAAAUAUGAGAAUAUAUAUGCUGAUUCCAUUUUGCAACGCUUGUCUUGGUGGCUCUGCAGCCCGUCCUCUAAGCUCCAUGAUCCAGCUCUUCAUCUCAUGCUUCACAAGGUCAUGCAAAAGGUCUUUGCUCUGCUAUUGACUGAUUUGCGGAGAUUGGGUGCUAUAAUAAUUUAUGCAGACUUCUCAAAGGUCAUUAUCCACACAGGCAAAUUUGAUCUAUCUGCUGCCAAGGCCUAUUGUGAAAGCUUGCUCACAGCGGUGGGAAAUAGUUCUAUCUUUGAGUGGAUAUUGCUCGAGCCGGUUCACUACUGGCACUCAUUACUUUUCAUGGAUCAGUAUAACUACACUGGUAUCCAAGCUACCGAUGAUGAAAGUUCACCUGACGAAGUGGCUAUUGAACAAAAAUGGAGUGUUGCACGACAUUUACCCGAGUAUAUUAAGAGUGAUUUCACUAUAAUCGUUGCCGAGUUUAUAUUUCAUCCCUGGAAAUUUGCAUUAGAGAAAAAAAAGGGCAGUUCAGAGAGUUUAGAGGCACAGAUGGUAGAAUAUCUAAGAGAGCAGAUUGAAUCCUACUUCACAGAGAGGCUUCUUAAGAAGGUUAUUGAUAUCAUGCCACACAUGAAGGAUAUAAACGUUUCAGAUGCAUCUCGGUUUUCUGGUCAAACUCCCAAAGGAGAUUACACGUUAGAAUUUAUACAGGUUAUCUCUGCUGUUCUGGCUCUUGACCAGAAUGUCCAGCACGAUGUUCUGGUAAUGAGAAAGAAUCUGUUGAAGUACAUUAAGGUAAAAGAGUAUGCUGCUGAAGCGGAAUUUCUUGAUCCUGGGCCCUCCUGCAUCUUACCUAAUGUAGCUUGCAGCAACUGUGAUGCCUACAGAGACCUAGAUUUAUGCAGAGACCCAGAUCUAUUAACAGAGAAAGAAUGGUCAUGUGUGGAUACACAAUGCGGGAAGAUAUAUGAUAGAGAGCAGAUGGAGAAUAGUCUUCUCCAGAUGGUGAGACAGAGAGAGAGAAUGUACCACAUGCAGGAUCUAGUGUGCAUUAGGUGCAAUCAGGUGAAAGCCGCUCAUUUGACAGAGCAGUGUGAGUGUUCUGGUUCCUUUAGAUGCAAAGAGAGCGGGUCAGAGUUCCACAAGAGGCUGGAGAUUUUCUUGGAUAUAGCAAAGCGCCAGAAGUUCAAAAUGCUAGAAGAAUGCAUUUCUUGGAUUUUACAAUGCACCAGCUGCUGACAAAACAGAGAAAUACAUCAUUUAUAGGUUAAUUGAUUUGUGUAUAAUUUCUACACCUAAGUGGCUCAAAACAAAUGUCUUUUCAUGAUGAAGUUGUGGUGAUAGCAUUUUUCAGUGAC